UCAUGAAUUAGUUCAGUCUGACAUCAAGCAACAUAAGACUCGCUAUUAAAACACAAACCAGGCAAAGCAUCAUGAGCUCCAGAGUGAAGAAAAUACCUCACUGUGGGAUUUCACCUGAUUUAGGUUUUUUUUUCUGUAGAACUGAGAGGGGUAGUGAUAUACAGUAUAACGCCUGUCUCUUUAAGGCGAGGCAACAGAGUGCUGUGAAGUUCAAGUUGGGGUCACUGUUAGUUCCUGCCCUUGCUUUUACCUUUUGAGUUUUAUUGUAGACUGACAUCACACACCGAGCUAAAACACACACUGCAUCAUCAGCUCCAUUCGCGUUUUUACAUUUACACAAGCGCGCGCACACACAUGCGCAAAAAAAAGGAAAUUACUACAAUUAAAAAAAGCUGUAGGGUACAUAUUUUAUAGGAGGAGGGGAAGAGGUGGAGAGUGAGCAAGCAAUCCUGACAACAUACAGAGAGAGAGAGAGCGAGAGAGAGAGAGAGAGAGAGGGGAGGGCGAACAACAUUCGUAGCAAUUAAUAAUCUUAAAAAAAGAGUUGGCAGUCGUGUGCGGAAAACUGGCAUGGUUUUUGGAGGCUGGCAGUUCAGAGUUGAGACGUCAGAAAUGCGUGCAUUAGAGAGCUGAGAUGAUCAUUACCGGAGACUCAGAGCGGAUGGCAGAAGAUCUCGGGUAUCCAGGUGGUGGACUGAAGACAAUGCUGGAUGCCAUGGAAGUCCCAAGUCAUGCUAGGCACCUUCUCCUGCAAUUGAACACGCAACGCACCAAAGGCUUUUUGUGUGAUGUCAUCAUAGUUGUCCAAAAUGCUCUCUUUCGUGCUCAUAAGAACAUUCUGGCUGCCAGUAGUCUCUACCUUAAAUCCCUUGUUGUCCACGACAACCUCAUCAACCUGGACCAUGAGAUGGUGAGUCCGGGUGUUUUCAGAGUCAUCCUUGACUAUAUAUACACAGGACGCUUAAGUGAAGGUGACCCCACUUCUCCCACAGAGCCUAACAUAGGCGCAGUGCUAGCAGCUGCUAGUUAUUUGCAACUGUUGGACUUGGUAGCCUUGUGCAAAAAAAAGCUAAAAAGAAAUGGGAAAUACCACUUACGGCCCACGUCUGGGUUUUUGCCUUACAAUAAAAUGAGCCCCAGUGGAGUGCUGGGGGGAAGGCUGCGAGUCUCCACUCCGGUAAUACAGCCCUGCUUUCCUGGUGGGGUGAUGAGCACACCACGAGGCCCAUCAUUGGAGGAUCUACCACCUCACUCUCUUGCCCCCCAUGUAGGAGAGCUUUACGCUCCAGUUCCAACACAGGGUCAGCAACCCUACCCUCAUACUCAAGCAACCCUGCCGCCACAGCCAGGUCUACGUUUGCCCUCUUCUGACAGGAACUGCUCACCCAUAUAUGGCCUAGACCUGUCCAAGAAGAGCCCCAGCUCCCAGCAGCAUUCUACACAUCCUCAUCUGAGUCACCAUAACGAGGAGCCAGAGGGGGAACUGAGUCACCGCACAAGCCCUCUGCUAAGCCCGACUGAUGGCUCAGGGAAAAUGGAGGCUGUGCACCACACUGGCUCUCUUACACCACGGUCUUUUCCCCUCCUCAACCCACUCCCCCAACUCCCUCGUUUUCAGCGUUCAAGUUCCCAGGGCCAAGAGGCUUACCCCUGCCCUCCAAGCCCUGAGCCCUCAGAUGAACAAGGAGACCGCAGCAGGGAUGGUUCCAAUAUUUACCGCUGGGUAAAGAAUGAGCCUAUGACAUACAGUGUGGAGGAUGAAGAUGACGAUGACGAGGAGGAUGAUAGUGGGGGCAUGGGUGAACAAGAUAAAGAUCACCAACAUAUGAAUCAUCACAAAAAUAGUGAGGAGAAGUUGAAUAUAAAUGAGGCAGGCUAUGACAGACCAGUAACGUGUGAUGGAGAGGAGGAGAUUGGCACAGGUAGUGAGGAAACAGGCAGUAGUGAAGGCAGGCCGUCUCCCCCUGGUCCCCGUGGGAGGUAUCAUAUGCCCUAUGAACCAGAGAGUUUUGGAGAUAACCUAUAUGUGUGCAUUCCAUGUGGUAAAGGGUUUCCCAGCUCUGAGCAGCUCAAUGCCCAUGUAGAAACCCAUGCAGAAGAGGAUCUCAACCAUGUCGGAGAGCUUGAAAACCCAAACAGCAAUGGCACUGACAAACCUGCCAGCACCAAUGGACCCACAAACAUAAACAGCACAGGCAGCCUUCACAGCACCUACCCAGACAGUAAAUCAGGACAGAACCUACAUCCACUAGGGAUUGGAGAAAUGAUUCGGCCAUAUCGCUGUGCCUCCUGUGACAAAACCUACAAAGAUCCGGCUACCCUAAGACAGCACGAGAAGACCCACUGGCUGACUCGUCCGUACCCCUGUAGUAUCUGCGGCAAGAAAUUCACCCAGCGUGGCACCAUGACCCGCCACAUGCGUAGCCACUUGGGCUUAAAGCCUUUUGCCUGUGAUGCCUGUGGCAUGCGCUUCACUAGGCAGUACAGGCUCACUGAGCAUAUGCGUAUUCACUCUGGUGAAAAGCCAUAUGAGUGCCAGGUGUGUGGUGGAAAAUUUGCCCAGCAGAGAAACCUCAUUAGUCACAUGAAGAUGCACAGCAGUGGAGGGAAUGGUGGGGGAUUCAUAUCUGAUGGCAAGCUGAAGAUGGACUUUUCUGAGGGUAUCUUUCCUCUAAGUAAGUAUGCAGCUGAACAUCUAGGCCUAAAACAGGAGAAGGCCUCGGAGCUUCUCGCACAAGCGUCUCAGCAGUUGCUGGCAGAUGCCAAAGCAAUGGAGAGCCUUUAUCCACUGACCAAACUGACAGCAGAACACCUAGGCCUCACUCAUGAUAAGAUGGAUGUCCUGCCGCUGCCACCUGCCUCUCAACAGCUCCCUGCAGAGGCACGCACCAUUGACCGCUACUCCCCCAGCUAGAGAGGAGACCACCAAUCCUGUCUUCCAUCAGCAGAGAUCAGCUACCCAGCUAUGACACAUAACUAAAUGCCUGUAUGCUGCCCACAGUAUUUUAACUCUCACCUCAACUUCAGUGAACCUGCACCUCAAACACAGGAGAAAAAAGACCUUUAGUAAGAAAAAUGCACAUAGGAUGCAUUGACUGUUGAAAGUGCCUUUCUCUACACAUUUUGCAGUAUAGCCAUUUUUUUUAAAGCGAACUGUGUUAUUUAUCAUUUGCUCCAACCAUGGACACACUCACAUAACAGUGCAGUAUUUAUAUAGAAAAUAAUAUCCUUUUUAUUCAAAUUCCGAGCCAACCAGUCAAUUGAAAACCAAAAAAAGAGACAUUUUAUUUAUUUUAUUUUUUUGUAUGUAAGUAAACCCAAAGAAAAAAGGUUACAAAAGAGUACCCUUAACCUGUGUAAUAAGUGUGACUAGUGUAUAUAGAAUAAAUAACAAAGCACAUAUGAACAAUUUUCAGGGCUUCUGACCAGGACGGAAAAGGGAUUCUGGGCAAAAGAGAAAGCCACAUCUUUGGAAUUUUGUGAUAAUUGGAGAACUCUUUGGAAUACUGGAUAUCUUCUGUAAAUCAGUUUCCUGCUUUGCUGAGUAGCCCAGCAUUCCCAUGCAAAAAGGGAGCAACUAUGCGAAGCCAGUAAUUGUUCCAGCACUUUGGUAAAGUGACUUAAGCUUAUCUAUGCAUUGAUACAGUAUAUGUCCCAUUUUGUAAAGAGAAUAUCCACGAUGUCACAUAUACCUUGAACUAUUUUUGCAUAUUAUAUCCCACCCCUUUACAAGUGCCUUCAGAGUGGAUGUUUUAAAAAGAAUAAGCAAUUCCAUUUGAAUGCAUAUUAUGGUGCAUAUACCAAUCAUGCCAGUAAUCCAUGAUUGUAAAUUUAUGUUCAUCUAGUGAGAUAGACUAAGCAUGGGUGUUGCCUUUAAAAUCGGGUAAUAUUUACAAUUCAGCAUUGCAGCCCAAACAUUCUUCAGGAGAACACAGUGAACCCAUUAGAAAGCCUCAACAACACUCAAAACCAAACAAAUAGCAAUCGAAACAAAAGUUUUUUUUCCAAAUCCAGUGUAUAUAAACUCUAAUCCAAGUAACGCACGUUAUUUGAUAAAUAAUGAAUCUAAUAGCGUUUAAAGUAAACUUCCAUAAUCAGAGAAUACGUCACAGAGCGCUGCAUAGGCCCACUCAUGGUGUUGUUGCUUUCAGGUUAACAUGUGAAGCUGUUAAUGUGACAGCCAUACAGAUUAGACAUGGGGCACUCUCCCUGACACUGAUAGCAUGGAUAAAUCUCAGCACUCUCACCGCAGCUGCUCCUCUCAGGAUAAGCCCUGUGAAAUCCCCAAUUCUCUCAGACUGCUCGCGCUGUCUGUCAGCUUGAUCCCGGAUUUCAUGGCUGCUAAGCAGUCUUGUGAUGUACACACUCCUGGGAUCACCCCAAGCGCAUGGCCCCUGCAAUCCCCCCAGAACACACACACAAAAAAAAAAACCACUUUUACCGAAAAAUACAAGCAGCUCACCCAAUUUUGCAAAAUCUUGAAAAUGUUUUAUAAUGUCACAUAUCAAUAUUAUUUAUAUGCACCUGUACCUUAUUCUUAUAUACCAAUGAUACUGGGAAUCUUCUUUUUUUCUUUCUCUCUUUUUUUUUUUUAAAGGGGAGUUUGUUGACCACUAUUGACAUUUACAACCUCAAUAGGUAAAUGUGAAGACUUUUAAGCCAUAAAUGCACUGUGAUAGGAAUAAUAACCCUCCCAGCCUUAGUGAUUAUACUGAACAUGUUACAAUGUUGUAGGCAACUUAAGUACACUGCCUUCUAGAGACUGUAGCAUGCCAUCAUGUUGAUGUUUCUAUUGGUCACAUUUGAUCGAUUGACUCUUAAACCAAAGAGAAGUGAAACUGGUGCUUACCUCAGGACCUGACCCAUCUUAGUAUGGGGACACAAAGUUAGGAAAUAGCUAAAAGCAUGCACAUACGAGUGUGCACGCACACACAUGCGCAUACACACACACACACACACACACACACACACACACACACACACACACACAAACAUUCUUAAGGUAGAUUUGUCCUCUUCAAACCUGUGGUUAUUUCAAUGUGUUCAUGUUGUCAAUUCUUUUAAAAUAUUCUCUUAAGUAUUCACAAUGUUUCUGAAUAGUUUACUCAACUGUGUUCCAUUCAUACGUUUUUCAUGAAUAUUUAUGCGUGAGCACCUGUACAUUUUCCUGUGUGUGCAGCACAAGUUCGAACACACCCUCUUCCUCAGAGCAAUAUCAAUCCUUAGUGUCAAAUGCCUUGCUGUAUAUAAAAUGCUGUGUGUUUAUCAAUAAUUUGCUCCACUGAUAAACACUGGGGUUGACUUGGUAAAGAAGAAGCAUAGUUUCUAAAGUUGACUGACCCAUGUUCAGGGUGUGACUGAAGGAGCUUCAGCUGAAACCUUGGCCAUAAAGCAGGACUGGGUUCCCACUUAGACUUUGUAUAUACUGACUAUCAAACCACACACAAGAGACCAGUGUGUUUGGGGUUUAGAGAAAUGCUGUGAUUUCCCAAUAGGUUUUAAGUGGAUAGCUGACACACACACACACACACACACACACACACACACACACACACACACAUGCAGUCACAGUGUAAAUGGGCCACAAAUCUACUGACUCAAGCCCGCGAACAAUAUUACCACCAUCAUAACAGUAAAAUCAAAGACCGCAGAUGUAUUAACGCACAUAAAAAAUGUGGAUUUUAGUCCCGGGGAUAUAAAUUUCGCACUCGCGUUCUCUGCCAUUAAUUAAGCACCUCUGGUUGACUGUCUUUCUUGAUUUUCCUACAGCCAAUUUUUUUUAUCCAUACCCUUUCCAGAAACUCGUAUUUCAGUAACUUCUAACCCAGUGAGAAAUCGGGAUGGAGAAUUGUGGACAUGUAGACAUGAGAAAGGUGACUCGGUUACCUGCAUAGAGAGAGCAGAGCGAGCAUGUGUGUGCUUCAGGGAACAAAGCAAACUUGAGCAGGGGAAGUGCAUUUUCUUCUUGGUCGUAGUAGUAAACAGCCUGUGUAUUGUGGUUCUGCUCAACGCUAUCUAAUGCUAGUAGAGAGGAGAGAAAAAGAGAGAGGGAGAGAGGAAAAGAGAAGUGAGCAGAGGUUGGGGAUUCCAAGUCUUGUCCUGAUUAUAAAAAAGUAAUCUAUGACUCCUUUCCAUUCAGAAAAGAAACAUGAUGUCUGGCCUGCUUUACAUUUUCUAUCGCUUCUUUUUCUUCUUCAUGCCUUUUUUACUCUGGACAGAGGCAGUGUUUGACAGUUUACAAAGAGUUGUUAACUCUCUGGUCACUCUUCUUAUCCGAAGAGUGGGCCAAGUGUAGAAAAGCGAAGCUUGGGAGAUGAAGAGAAAUAUCUGGAACAAUACACUGUACUUACCAUACUUUAUAGACCGGUCCAAAAGAAAUAUUCUUCUCAGUCUGAGGAAGCUCCCUCAGUCAGAGCAGAACCCAAAGCUUACUGAUGCCAGCCUUAAAGUUUAUAUGGACAGAAUCUACUCAGCAGAAGAGCAGUAUAAACAUCCAAAUCAAAAGCGUAUUACUGUGUUACUGCGGGUGUUUAAAACAUGGCCUUUGUGCUCCUACCAAAUGCUUUAUUCUUGCUCGAUUCUGUUGCAGCAGAUUCAAAGAUGAACAUGUGCAUGUUGCUGAGAAAAUCUUAUCUAGCCCUUACCACAGAGAUCCUUAAAAAUGUCUUAUUCAUAAUAUGCAUCAACCCCCCACACUUCUGCAUAAAAGUAGUCAGUAGUAAUCUGUUUUGUUAUCCUUCUAUGGGUAUGCAGGCUGACACUUGACUUUUUAAUUCAAUCCUUUGGCAGUGUGCUGUCUCUUUUCUGUAUGUUUGGGACUUGGCUGAUUGGGAAAUGACCCAUAAUGUACCUGCCUAUUCGCCUUGCAGUUUAGCAAGAGAGAGAGCGCGAGAGAAUGUGCUAAACAGCGUGUGAUCCUUGACAGAUUUUAUUGCACUCAGCUGUUUUACAUUGACUCAUAAAAAAGGGCACAUUUCUAAAGAAAUCAUCGGCCCAUGAUUGUUCCUUCUCCGUGGCUGCUCACACCACUCCCUCUGCUUCUACCCACACCAUCUCCAGACUAACUCAGUACUUUCUUUCACUUCUCUGGAAGCACCUUGGAUCCCUACCCACUCCCUCCCACUGGCUGACCCAGAGCUCUGACCACAAGCCCACGGCCACACCUUCUGAUGAAGUGGCGUCCAGCUGCUCUUCUUGCUGAAGAAGACAGUUGUCUAAAUGUUUAUGUGAAAAACUAGUUUCUUUUUCUUCACGCCCUUAUCACGUUCCAUGAUAAACAUGAAGGCAUGUGUUAAGAUUCUCUGUGGGGCUAGAUGAGCUAGAUAAACAACUGACAAUACUAUCAUCUCAGAUUUACUCAGAAAUCGUGUCAAAAAGAUAAAAGAGGGAGCUUUGUGACUGGAGAAAAUGGAUGAUAUAAAAAAGACACCACAAGGGAGAGUACCUGUGGGACAGGUUUGGACUCUUUAAUUUGGCUCUCAGUAUUCAAAGUUCAGGACAAAGUUCUUUCAGGUGGUGCAGGCUCUUUUUUGUUGUUGUGGAGUAGCAUUGAAUGACUGCUUAGUGAACUGGGUUUGCAUUUCCAUUUUAAAGUUUGUUCCCUGAGAGUCUGUAUCAUGUUACCUGGCCUCAAAUUAUUACUCUAUCUUCCCACAAAAUAAACUGAUUCUCCACAGGCUUACAGCAAGUCAGUCAGCCAGGUUGGUGUGCUCGCUCUGCUGAACAUUCUGCUUCUCUGAAAUGGACAGAAGAGAGUCCUGAUUAGCAGAUUAGAUCGAGUCUAUAAAAAAGCUAAAUAAAAAAUGGUCUUCGGUGCCCUUACAUUCAUUGGCCUUGAGUGCAGCUUCGAUUCAGCCAACUGGGGAAUUCAGCCAUGUAAACAAAGGAAAAGUUUAACACGAGGAGAAUGGCAGAGCAGAGGGCCUGAUUUUAUCGCAAUGCUGAUAGUCAUGCAUGACCACAUGCGUGUGCGCGCACACACACACACACACACACAUACACACACACACACACACACACACACACACACACACACACACACACACACACACACACACACACACACACACACACACACUAUAAAGCUAGAUGGCAGGCAGCCCUGUCACUGCUCUGUGUUCCAGAUUAGGUCAGAUUUAAUUAGGCUGCCCAGUUCCUUUUGGAGUGUCACUUUGAGUUUAAAAAGCCAUUACUAAAACACAGGCUGGGUUACUGAUGGGGUGAAGCAGAAAUCAGACCAGCCAGAACAUUGCUGAGACAUCUGGACACUCUGCACACACACACACACACACACACACACACACACACACACACACACACACACCUGUACAAGUUCAUAUAUGUGGACACACACACACUUUCUUUAAUAAUGGUUCGAAAAGACAUAGCUAGACGACAAAAAGAAGGGAAUAAAGAGGGAUGACAAAAAGAAAAGCAAGCCAGUGUAUAAACCAGACGUGUAACAAAAAGCCUGAAUAAGUUACUGUAUUAGAUAGAAAGGGGGAAAACCUUACUGUGGAUGUUCCCAUUGCUUUCCAGCCAACUAACACACCAGCAUGUCUGCUUUGAUUUCAAGGGUCAACAUCACUUCUUGUUCUGAACUUUUUUCAAAUAUAACACAAUGUAAGACACAACUUUCAAGUGCUUUCUUGUAA